UGUCAAUUUCACCAGGACCAGCCUCAUCCCCAUCAAAGCAGCAGCAGCCGCGAGAGAGGAAAGGGAAGGAGAGAUUAAACUCCCCCCCCAAGCGCAUUGCAGCAGCGGGUAGGGCAGGCGCCACUCCUCGCCUCCACCAGCCGGAUCCCUCUUCCGGAGGGGCUGCGACUCAGAGCCUGGGAAGGGUGUAUGCGUGUGUUGGGGGGCUGUUUCGCCUCCAUCCCCUCUGGAUCCCCGCCCCCCCCCCGCCAAAAGCUCUUCUCGGCUCGCAAAACGGCCCCGUCCUGCACCGACCGAACAAGGACCAGCCAGCAGAGAGAAGGCUCUGAAUCUUAGGACUGUCCUUAAUCUAGCUAGACCCCAUCCCCCACCUGGUGCAUGCUCUUUUAAGGUCCUCCCUCCUUUAAAAGGACCAAGAUCCCCCCUUUUUAUGGGGCGCGAAGAGACGCCGCAAUGCUCUCCAUGUCCAAGACUUCUUUUAAAAUUAAGCAACCGCACCUUCAGGAUACAGGGCCGAAGGGUCCAAAGUCCCCCAACAUGAGUGAGGAGACGACUAAAACCCGCCACGCUCUCCAGUGCAUUCCAGGCGAAUACAUCCAUGAAGAGGCAGCUCAUGUACGGAAGAGUGUCUCUUCCCGAGAUGGCGGAGGAAGAUAUAUCCCAGGCACCCUCUAUUGCACUAACCUGAGAGUGGCUUUCUUACCAGACCCGUCUCCAAACACUGAGGACUGUGCCUGCCGCCCUUUCAUGCACGCCGACUACGAUGUGGCUCUUCCGUGUAUCGGGAAGCUGCUGGCCGUGAACAGCUUUACGAAGGCGAAGGUGCUGACCCGUUCCUCCACCUUGAAGUUCAUCCCGGAGGAGCUGAUCAUCUACUGCCGGGAUUUCCGGGUGCUACGGUUCCAUUUCCACGAGAGUGGCUUAGAGCCUCAGGCCUUCAGGGUCUCGGUGGCCAUCGCUCAGGCUCAGGAGAGCAGCACCACGGACAGCUCCUACAAGCAGGCAGCACUGAAGAACUUGGGGAACGGCCAACCGCUUCGGGAGGAGGAGGGGUCCCCGACCCUCUUGUUCGAGACCCUCACGGACUGGGAGGCGGAGCUGAAGCGCCUCGGGGCGGCUGGCUGGCGGGUCAGCCCAGUCAACGAGCGCUUUGACAUGGCCACCAGCCUCCCCAAAUACCUCUGGGUCCCUGGUCGAUUUCUGGACAUCGAGCUGAAGAGAGCCUUUGUGCAUUUCAAUGAAAGACGCAUCCCAAGGUUGUGCUGGCAUCACCCGGGAGGCAGUGAUCUCCUCCGAGCGGCAAGCUUCCAUGCCGAUUCAGACCCGGAGAAGGAAGACUUGAGGGCAGUGGAAACUCUGAUGCUCGCUGGACAUUCCCAGUGUGUGAUAGUGGAGGCAGCGGCUGACCUUCCCAGCCCGCCUGAGAUCCAGCAGUCCUACUCCAAGCUCUGGAACUUGAGCCUCUGCCUUGCUGAUUCUUUUGCCUCCCCCUCCGAGGAGAAGUGGCUCUCAGGCCUGGAAGGGACACGGUGGUUGGAUCACGUGAGGGCGUGCCUGAAGAAGGCCAGCGAAGUCACCAUGCUGCUGGCUGAGAGGAGUCGCUCCGUCGUCCUGCAAGAGUCAGAUGACAGGGACCUGAAUUGUUUGCUGGCCUCUCUGGUCCAAGUCAUGUCGGAUCCGCACACGAGAACCAUUCCCGGCUUCCAGAGCCUGGUCCAGAGGGAGUGGGUGGCGGCUGGGCACCCCUUCCUGCAGCGCCUCAACUUGCUCCAGAAAAAUGACCGGGAUGAGUCGCCGGUCUUUCUGCUGUUCCUAGAUUGCACCUGGCAGCUCCUGCGACAGUUCCCUUGGGCGUUUCAGUUCACGGAGGCCUACCUGGCGGCUCUGCACGACAGCAGCUAUGUGCCUUUCUGCAGCACCUUCCUGUUCAACUGCCACUGGGAGAGAGGCCGGAAGAGCCAGAACCGUUUUCUCAGUCAACUCUACACUCCGAUAAACGGCUGGCGAGAGACCCUCUGCCUGGAGAUUCUGGAGAAAGGUGACUACCCGGUCAAGGAAGCUGUGGGGGCACACUUGCCCACCAUCUGGGACUGGCCCUUCAGAUACAGCCCCCGGCAGAGAGAGCAGUUCAGGAACCCUUGCUACAAAUGCUGCAGCGCCAACAGCAACAGCGAGGGUGCUCCAAAUGGGAACUUCCUGCCUCCAGACAGGGACAAGACAGAAAACACUCCUUCAGGGAAACGGGACCUGUACUUACUCUCCAAGGGCUCCCUCUCUUUGCAAGCGCACGUCUUUCCUUGGAAAAACGGGUCCCUCUCUAAGAAGGGCUCCCGCCGCGCUCAGCCUCCAGAGGGCCCCGGAGAGCGAGAUGUGUCUCUGAGGUGCAAACCCAGCCGCCGCCUCCUUCACCACGAUGGGCUGCUCCUGCUGCCGUUGCACACGGGGCCUUUCGUCCACUUGUGGAAAAGGUGCUACCUUCGUGGGAACCUGGAAGUGCAGGCCGGCCUCUUUGCUUCUAGCAUUGUUGGCCUCACGGAGGAACUGGACCUUCUCCAAGAGCGACUCGACUACUGGCAAGCAAGGGGAAGCUAACGGCACAGCUCUCGAGAGGCUCGCAGAGCUCCCCAAAGCAUGUCAGGAGCUCCCUUGUGCUGUCCCAUCGCCAAGAGGGCUGGGCCCUCGGCAUAUUCAACGCAGACCUGAGACUGGACGUGGUUGGCCUCCUCCUGCCCAAGAGGCAACGAUUGCAAUGUGCUGCUUCAACGGGGCCCUUUGCACAUUCCCGCGAAGGCUUAUUCAGAGCGGUUAUCCAGCUGGGACAACAUGGAUGUGGCCAGGCUGUAGGGAAGGGCAGCGGCACGCGAUGCCUGUGGCUGGGCUUACCCCCUCCCUGAUGUGUAGGAUGAGUCCGUUCGAAGGCUUCCUGGUGCAGCAAGUGGAUCAUAACGGCCCUUCUCCCCAUUUGAACUUGUAUUCACCACGAAGGUUGUUUUGAUUUCAUAGCAACGAGGGCUUCCAUCGCAUAUCGCAAACGGGUCGUCGAGAUAUUGCAAAUGUUUUUUUUUUUUAAUUUAAAUUGUCGGGUUUCCUUUAGGAAAGGUAAAUCCGGAUUAAAUUGAGGUGUGGGGGAAUAAGAUGGGCUGGCAUUUCGAUGCCGAUGUUGCGAUGACUUUGCAUGGAUGAACUGUAACCACCCCCCAUUAAACACGCGCCUGACAGCAACGAGCCUGGAUACACACACCGUACAUUGAAAGCACGUUAUUUCCCCCUGAAGAAUCCUGGGAACUGUAGUUUACCCCCUUGGAGAGCUGCAGUUCCCAGCACCCUUAACAAGCUACAGUUCCCAGGAUUCUUUGAGGGCAAUAAUGUGCUUUAAAUGUAUGGUGUGUACACACCCUAAAUGUCAGCCUUUUCCAGGCACCAAGUAGGCCAGGAUGGGCUGACCAGCUCUGUGUCAUGUACUAUACUUUUUUUCCCCCCUAAUGGAAUCUGAUUUCCCCCCCAAUGGUCCAUCAAGGAGUAUUACAUUUAUAAACUCAAAAGUGCCCAGUCUGGAUCUCACUAUACUUAAAAUGAAGAGUAGGCAAUGUGGUGUCUUCCAGGUGUAGCUGGACUCUUGGCUUCUAUCAUCAGCCUGACCUGGCUGAUGGGAGCCACAACGAUAUCUGCAAGGCACCUUGUUGGCUGCCCGACUGAAAGCAGAACUGACCAGUAUUAGGGGAGCUUGCUUACAAGGAGGGCCUUGCGUCAAAGCAACGUCAAGCUACACCAGCGUAGGCAGGAUCAACAGGGUACCACUUUUCCCCUUGUCUCUCUCAAUCAUGGCAACCAAGGCUCUUUCAGGGCCUUGGAGAGCUUCUUCCCACAAGCGGUAGUGAUUGCCACCAACGUGGAUGGCUUUGAAAGAGGACUGGACAAAUCCAUGGAGGAUCAAGCUCUGUUCUGCCUCCAGUGUUCCAGUUACUGGGAGUCACAGGUGGGGAAAGAGUGUUGCUGUUGCUCUCGGGUCCUGCUUGCGGGCUCCCCAGAAGAGGCAUCUGGUUGGCUGCGUGAGAACAGGAUGCUGGACUAGAUGGGGCAACAUUUGGCCUCAUCCAGCAGCUGGGCUCUUAUAUAGAUGAUCUGCUUCAUUCCGGCACGCUUGCAAGUGUGAGGCAGUCCACCAGGAAUUGGUCAGUGGUCCCCUAACAGGCCACUGUCUCCUCCGGCCCCCCACAAUAGUAUUCCGCCCCCUUCUAGAUUGCAGCGUUUGGGUGUGCUUCCCUCCAUAACCUGUAAAACAGCCACCCCACGGUAUUGCACCUCUUUGCAGGAGAACAGAGGCAAAGUUUCUUUCCGUUUGUUCCCUAUCAGCAAUGUUGGGACAACUUUCUCUUUGUCAUUGCAUGCUAAAUAACCAAUCCCUUUGAAGCUUUACUACCCAGCGCUGACCUGUGCCUAGCAAUCAGUGCUCCAUCCGUAAGGCAUCAAUGAGAGUUUGCAAAUAAGUCUGAACGGGAUCCCUCAUCGCAAGGUUGCUGGCUUUGAUUUAGAAUGAGCUUUGGAAAGCUGAAAGAUCCUGGUGGCAACAUGCCAUUAAAUUAUAAAAUAAUUGAUCUGCUCCAACAAAUGCUUGGUCCCUAGCAGAAAUUGCUAGGGGUUUUGUGUUUUUUUGCUAUGCUUUUUAGAAACAAGGUAACCCAAGUGUACAUGUUGGAAGAGAGUUCUUCUCAUCCAAAAUUCACCUGAGAGCUCUUUAAAACCAUUGCUGAUGUCUCGUGGUACUCAAGAACAGGCUUCUUUGAAGCUUGUUAAAAAUCAACAGGCACUUUCCUUCCCUAUAACAGGCUGCUUGUAUAUCAUCAAGGCUGGGUCCUUGGGUAGGCUGUUGCCUGGGAACACUGACAUUCGAUGCCGGUACUUAGGAACUUAAUACGACUCCCCAUUCGUCUCUGUAUAUUGUGCCUGCAAAGUCUCUUUAUUCCUUCACUGUGUUUUCAGUGCCAGGUGAAAAUCCAGAAUGGGAACGUGUUUCCAGUUACGAUAUAGUCUUAUAUAAACUUUUUAUAAGCUUUGGCCCAGAUGCUUUUAUGGCUAAGGGGAAAGAAGCUAUUUUAAGCUAAUGUUUUUUCUUUCAGAAGACAAACCUUGUGAACAAAACAUGCAGGUGAGUGUAAAAAGCUAGAGUGGCCCCCAAGCACAUUUGGAAGUUGGGUUAAAAGUGUCCACCACCUGCGUGCACACCGACCCCUGCCACAGCUGGCUUAAAGACUUAAAAUGUACGGGCUUGGCAUCUAGGCUUGUGGCAUUUGCCGCCUUCUCUCUAGGGCUGAAGAGCAUUAUGACUUACGUAGCUCAGGGUCUGUUCUGGUAGAUAGCAAUAUGUGUCUCUUCAUUUAGCCCCAGCCAGCAUGUGAUAGCCAAAAAGCACCUGGAGGCCCACAAAGUUCUGAGAUAGGGUUUGGAGAGAGCCCCCCUUUAUCAGACAAGUUGCUGACCCUGUGCCCUGCUUUCCACUCACAAGCAGAGUAUUUGUGCUAGGUCGGGAGAGGGGAAAAAAGAAUUGGGCUGCUGAUUUACACAUUCUCUGUAGCAUAAAGUGUCUGAGUAACGAAGGUAUAAAAGGGGUAUUCUCCCCCCCCAAAAAAAACCAAUUGCUCGUGUAUAUUUUUAUAACAUUUCUAUGGAAUACUCUAUUAAAAGUUUGGUAUGUUUAAAUCUGAAA